CUUUCAUAUAAAUUUGAGUGACAGAAACUAAUUUACGUAAAAAAACUCGAUAUUUUCGCUUUGUUUUACCAUCACCGACAAAAAAGAUAAUCAAUUCAUGAAUUUUCCUCCACCGGCCAUUAUCUUUGACGGCUGUCAAAAGGAGAAUCUAAUAAAGCAUAUAAUACGGCCUUCGUUACUCCAUUUACAAACUUCUAUUGGCUCAAGUAUGAGAUACGCGAUUUUUUUUUCCAUCGUAUUAUUCAUAAUAUGGUGCAAUUUGGCAAAGGGCUUCAUCAAUGUGCGAAUUAUACGGGAAUAUUUCAAAGAAAAAAUGGUCAAUUUCGCCAGCAUUGUUGGUUGUUUCAAUGAUGACGAAAAAUUUUCGCUUGUGAAAUCUUUGGGUUUCGGUGACCAAAAAAUAUCCAUUUUGAAUGUAAAAGACCCCCAAAACCCGCACUAUCUGACAACUCAGCAUCAUCACAUCGGGGUAGUCGUGGAUGGUGAUUGUUCCAGAAGCGACUUGGGCAAUUUCUUGAAACUGAGUGGCGAAAAUCGCCUUUUUGACGUGAAACACCACUGGCUGAUAUUGAGCGGGGAGGCGAAUUUUUCCGAAACGUUUAACAACGUUGAAUUGUACAUUAACGCCGAUAUUAGUGUGAUGUUCCCGUGGAAUUCUACAGAAUUAAUUAUACAGGACGUUUAUAAUCCAGCUUCAACUAGAGGGGGUCGUUUAAAGAAGCGUAUUAUGGGCUAUUACAAUCGAACAGACGGUUACAAUAUCGUUGAGAAGGAGUUUAAGUAUACUUUAAGGAGAGAUAUGAGCGGAGUUACUUUGAGGUCUAUAAUAGUGUUACCAAUAGAUUUUAAUGAAACUCUAGAGGAUUAUUUGAACAACGAUUCGGAUCCGCAUAUAAACACAUUUAAUCGUUUUCAUUACAGUCUCCUGAGACCCUGCGUUGCUUAUUACAACUUUACAUCAAAUGUAACGAUGGAAAAAUCCUGGGGUUACUUAAUUAACGAUACCUCCUUCGACGGGUUAGUAGGUGCAUUGGAAAGAAAAUUGGUCGAUUACGGAAGUUCACCUCUAUUUGUCAGAGCAGACAGAGGAACAGUCAUGGAGUAUGGAAGAAGAACAUGGACUCUUAAGGCUGCGUUUAUAUUUAGAAAUCCCAAAUCGUUGGGUUCCGCUGACAUAUUUCUCAAACCUUUGUCCACUUCAAUUUGGGUUACGCUGAUCUGCACCAGUGGGUUCAUGGUGCUCAUUUUGCGGUACACCCAAAUUUUGGAGAAGACCAGAAUUGACAGAACAAGCGAUACCACCUGGAGCUAUUUGCUCAUCGGAGCUACCUCUGUAUUUUGCCAACAAGGUUUGGGUAUAAAUACUCCAAGUGUAUAUUCAGGUCGAAUAACAGUGCUGGUCUUAUUGAUUCUAUCUUAUUUGGUGUUUCAAUUUUAUUCGGCUAGUGUCGUCUCCAAUUUAUUAAUCAAGCCCAAAGCUUUGAUCCAGUCUAUAGAAAGUCUUUUGAAGUCGCCAAUGCAGGCCGGAUGCGAAGACAUAUUAUACAACAGAGAUUAUUUUAAAUACACGACAGAUCAAAUUUCGAAGCAACUGUACGAAAAAAAAAUUCUAAAAGGCGAUAACAACAGCAACUUCCUUGUUCCGGAAAAAGGUUUGGAGAAAGUCCGUGAUGGAGGAUAUGCUUUCCACGUUGAACUGGCCACUGCUUAUCCUAUUAUUAAAGACACUUUUCCAGAGACAUACGUAUGUGAAUUGAACGAGCUACAAAUGUACAGAACGCAGCCCAUGCACGCCAAUUUCCAGAAACACUCUCCUUACAGGGAUAUGUUCGAUACUUGUAUACAACGAUUAGCAGAAUACGGAAUAAUAUACAGGGAAAUUAAAUUCUGGCAUCCCAAAAAACCUGAAUGCGUACAUUCCAAAGCGAAAUUAAAUUACCACAUUGGUAUCGAUAAUUUUUACCCGGUUUUGUGUCUUCUGGCCAUCGGGAUGAUCAUUAGUUUGCUAGUUUUAUCCGUAGAAAUGUAUUUAAAUUUCAAAGCAGUUAAAAACACAGUCGUUUUUCCUUUCACCAAUUAAUUGUUCUCUUUAAAACAGAUUAGAAUGUACUUUGUAGUAGCACCAAUAAAUCUUCAACGCAAUGUCAA